AUGUCCAAGGACUCCGUUUUCUUGCAUAUCAAACGACAAGAACCAGCGGCGCAUCUAAAAAUACUUAGAGGCGCCCAUGCUCCUCAUACGAAAAUCGAAGACCACACAGAUAAACAAAUAUGCCCAAGCCUCAACACCUCCGGGGCAUAUAUGCGCUUCCUAGAGCGAACUGUCCAGGUCUAUUUUCUAUUCGAAGCUACAGGGUGGAAGCACUGUAGACUGGAAAAGAAAUCCCAGGACCAGAUCUAUACCAUGAAAAAGUGGGGAGAAUUUCUUGCAGCCAAAGCCAGGGGUGCUACAAUGGCAAUCGCGUGCAAAAAGAGCCGUGAUGACGAGAGACAGCAGGCGAUGAAAUUGAAACCACGUUUUGAUAAAAAGAUGGCGCACGAGUUAAAGAAAAGGGAUAGCAGCAUCUGUGAUGGAAAUUCUAUCGUUAAGGAGUUGGAACAGGCGGAAGUAGAGGCUGGAUUGAGAAGCCAGUUUUAUCUGGAAUAUUUGCCUUCUCCUCAUAGGAACCACAAGCGCCAAAGAGAUGCCACUCAGAAUAGUCAACACACACCAACUACCGGGACUCCUGAAGAGCGACUUGCUCUUGCUCGCCAAUCGAAAAGGGAAUAUGCAGAAAUAUAUAUCCCAGCUUCCAAGAGGGUCUUGCAAAAACUACAGCAACAGCUCGAGGCUGGAAAGGAGAGAAAUUUGCGACGUGGAGCUGAUUUUAUGGACACGACAUUACUGAAUGUCGCGGCUCUCAUGUCAAAAAUGAUACUAUACGACGGCCUCAAACCCAAAGCGGACAAUCAUCUCGUCUUCUACAAUCCCCAUGCCUCAUCCCACCACACGGUCGAGUUUACGGGUGGUCUGAAAGAUGGGUUGUCCGCCAAUAUACAUAUAUGGAUCCUGUCGCAAGCUAUACGACGCACUAUGAUUAAUGGAAAAUUAAGUAGAGAUACGUUUGAGGGCUAUGAACCUUGCAUCACUUGGCAACCGGUCAGAUCAUACAUGAGACGGUUUGAUCCCAGCCGCUGGAAUAGGGCUGAAACCCCAGAUAACUUCGCCGAGGGCACUCACCUGGUGAAUAUGUCCCUUGCGUCGGAGGAACAGCGUUUACGGGAUAACAGAGACCAUUUGAUGGGCAUAAUAGAACCUUACGUUUUAAAUCUCGAUCGGCAGGCGGCUAAGGCUGCGAAAAGGAGGCUACCUGGAGAGGGUAUGGAAGCCGCUUUAUUCCGACAAACAGUUGAGCGGAAGGCUGUUAAAGCUGAACAGGAGAGGCGGGCUGCGCAGGCUGUGGAAUUGGCUGCUUCCCGACGACGAGAAAAGGCUGCCUCCCGCCGGGUUGAAGUUAAGGCUUCAUCCAACAAGCAAGCAGAGGGAAGAGGAAAUUUAAAUGAGGAACUCGCCCGUUGGGGAGAAAGGGACGAUCGAAUCAAAGCACUGCCACAAAACCCAAUAUCUAUUACGCAUCAUUGCACUCCGCGCCACCUCGGCAACUAUCUUGUACCCGAGGAGCCCAAUUGGAAGGUGAUUCUACAGAAGGCGAAGGUCAUUGUUCUGGGUAGGCAUUAG